GCAUCAACAGUUCCCAAUCUUCCCAUAUACUCCGUACUACGUAUUUUGUCAAAGAAAUUUUACGGUCUCUUCCUCUCUCGCCCUCCUCAGACGGGGAAAAAAAGAAAACGAUAUGGCACCCUCAAAAAUUGCUGCCGACGGGCUUCCAACCUCGUCUCCAGCGCAAUUUCCUCCCUACCAACUCCUUCCUUCCGAACCCCAGUACGUCAUCGUUUUACCGCGUUACCCUCGCCGUCGCCCCUUCUUCAGCCGCAACGCCCUCAUCUGCGCCUCCGUCGUCAUUCUCCUCGCCGUUGCCGUCAUCCUCCUAUGGCCCUCAGAGCCCCAAGUCUCCGUCUCCCGCCUCCGCCUCCGGCGCUUCAAACUUCACCUGAUUCCGCUCUCCUUCGACAUAACCCUAGACCUCACUGUGAAGGUCCGCAACAGAGACUUCUACUCCGUCGAUUAUAGGUCUUUGGCUGUAUUGAUCGGCUACAAAGGGAAGGAGCUGGGGAAAGUCUCGUCUGGCAAGGGGCACCUCAGAGCCAGAGCUUCUUCCUACGUGAAUGCCACGCUCGAGCUUGAAGGCGUUGAGGUCUUCAGCGAUGUGGUUUCCCUAAUCGAGGAUGUUGCCAAGGGAUUUAUUUCUUUCGAUACUGUUACUGAGAUAGAUGGCCUACUUGGGUUGCUCUGGUUUGAUAUUCCUCUGCAGGCAAAUGUAUCAUGUGAAAUUGUUGUAGAUACAAAUAACCAAACAAUGACCAGUCAAAAUUGUUACCCCGAGUAAUACUUUUGGAUGUAGAGACAGCACAAAAGCCACAACUGGUUUGGGCAAAUACUUACACACACACAAUGUUGUACAUACACCACUUUCUUCCUUGGAUACACUCUCCUUUUUGCGGGCAUACACCACGGCACUAGUUUGGGGCGACCGCCUUCAACAAUAAUCCGAUGACCGAGGGAUAACCUGUGUGUAGGGCCCAGUUUUUCCUCUCCUUUCUUGUGGACUCUUCCUUUUCUUGCUAUUCAAAAUGUGCUAUUUAAUGUAACUUGAUUAUUUAUUUUAGCACACUUUGCUUUGAGAGGCGAGGUUCAGUGCACUUUCAUUAUGAUGUUGACAAAAAACUAAGGUUUUGGUA